GGACUCGGAAAAGCAGGGCGUGGAUACGCACCCAAAACGGGUGGGAGAUGAAUGGGUAACCCUGGUCACCCGAAGCUGCACGACUGCGGGACCUCAAGCCAAAGAAGUCCUGUCAGUCCAACAAAAAGAACAUGACAAGUUAUAAUCCGUAAGGUCAUUUCUUUGGAUAAGGCAUCAUCGCGCAAAUAUGGCGUGCAGUUGAUUUCAGUGACUCUGAGGCGCUAAAACUGUAAAUCUCACUAAAUGUUUAGUCUUGCAACAAAAAAACGUUAUUUUACAUUUAAUACGGCAUGAUUCCUCCGUUUAACGUGUUGUUUCUUGCGACGCAAAGACACUCAUGGGAUGUUGGACAACGAGUUGCGACCUCGGACACCUGAAAGCGCACUCCAAGGUGUCUGUGUUCUUUACCAUGAUUCUUAUAUUCACCUAUUUAUUCUACUGUCUCACUGGAUACUGCGAUUCCAUGCCGAGCCCACUGUACGUCCAUCAGAGUUUCAGAAGCAAACUUCUCCCAAAGGAAGGGAAGAAACUCGCGCACUGGAACGGCUCCAUCGUUCGCGAACUCCCCGAGCAGGAUGCGACAGACGUGGAAGAUGAGAAGCGGCAGCGAGGCUUAGGUUAUGAGACGUACAACAAUCUCUCCGUGUCAAACAACUUUGGGACCAAAGAGUUUCCUCAGGCGAUUAUCAUCGGCGUGAAAAAGGGAGGAACGAGAGCACUUCUGGAGUUCCUGCGCGUUCAUCCCGACGUGAGAGCCGUGGGCGCAGAGCCGCACUUCUUUGACAGGUUCUAUGAGAAGGGUCUCCAGUGGUACAGGAAUUUAAUGCCACGCACUUUAGACGGCCAGAUCACCAUGGAGAAAACACCCAGCUACUUCAUCACCCGUGAAGCGCCUUCCCGCGUUUUCUCCAUGAGCCGCAGCACCAAACUCAUCGUGGUGGUCCGUGACCCCGUGACCCGGGCCGUGUCGGACUACACUCAGACUCUGACCAAAAACCCCGGCCUGCCGUCCUUCCAGAAUCUGGCCUUCAAGAACUCCACCACGGGUUUGAUCGACACCUCCUGGAGCGCCGUGAGGAUCGGCAUCUACGCCAAACACCUGGAGAACUGGCUCAGGUAUUUCCCGCUCACGCAGUUUCUUUUCGUGAGCGGAGAGAAGCUAGUGACGGACCCAGCGGGAGAAAUGGGGCGGGUGCAGGACUUUCUGGGACUUAAACGGGUGGUGACCAAUAAGCACUUCUACUUUAACCAGACUAAAGGCUUCCCCUGCCUCAAAAAGCCGGAAGGAAGCAGCAGACCGCGAUGCCUGGGGAAAUCAAAAGGCCGACCGCAUCCACACAUACCAGCUGAAGUGCUGCACAGACUCAGGGAUUUUUACAGGCCUUUCAACAUGAAGUUCUACCAGAUGACUGGCCAGGACUUUGGCUGGGACUAAACACUUGCAGGACCCUUUCUGAUAAUGCAGAAAGCAAUAAAACUGUAUAUUUAUGACUGAUUGAUAUUGAUUUGUAGUAUCUUCGCCCUGAGUACCCCCUGAAAGUGCUAAUAAAUUUUAUAAUUACAGUUAUAAAGAAACCGGAGGUGCAAACAAAGAAGUUGCUAGCCACACACAGAAUUAAAUCCAGACUGGAAAGGGUCUAGGAAAAGUAUAUUUUAUUAUAUGAACUACAUGUUGCAAAAAUGUGCACAGUGCAAGUGAAUUAAAAACUAGACCAGCACAAGUAAACAUUUCUCAGCACAUUGCUUUCUUUAGUGCUCAGAUUACAACAUUCACCCUUUUUCUGGAUUACUAAAUAGAGAUAAUCAACUGGAUUCAAUUAGCAGAUGGAAUUUACAGAAAAUGUGGCAAUUAUACAAAACCAUUAGAGAUGUACAAUAAUGACAAAUAGUAUGCUUAUAUGCAAACCAUGCAAAUAAUGAAACAAAAACAGGCACUAAAUAUUUACUAUUAAAUUUGAUCAAAAAUCUACAAAUUAUACAAAUAAUACAAACUCAAUACAUUUGCCAAAAAAAUCAUGCACAUUGUUGUACUGUGUAGUUUAUAUAAUAAAAAUAUAUUUUUAUUCUCCAAUCUGGAUUUAAUUGAGUGUGCAGCCAGCAUUGAAUAUUUGAUUUGAUUUUAUUUGCUUUAUGCAUCUGAAGCAACUUGAUUUUUACUCAGUUGGAGCAUAACAAUCUUUUCUAGUACAAAUAAACACGUCACACGUUAAAUUUACAAUUUUAAAGUGGAAAGUCAUGUAAAAAUGAUUUACAGCUUCAAAAAAAUUUUUUUGCAGUGUAAUGGCCCAGAAAGACAAUGAGAAGCAAUCUUGCUUUUGUUAUCUUGCAGAUUAUUGCAUUGAAACAUUUUUAUUUCAUACUCCUCUUCACCAAAUGCAUUUUAAACAUGCAUUUUACAGUAUAAAUGUGCAGUUUAAAAUGCAUUUUACAGUGUACUUUAGCAUUUUAAAUAUGCAUCCUACAGUAUAUAUUUUGGUGUGCGACUGAUUCAACUGAGAAUUAUCUCAAACAGACUGAACAGAAUAACGUCUCUGUGUUGUCUGCUGCUUAAACGGUCCCUUAUUUCAAAUGCCCAUAAUGAUACAGCUCAAAACACAUUUGUUCUUUGUGAUUUAUUGCUGCCAAAAAGAGCAAGAACUUGGAUGUUCUCAUUCAACCACUGUUAUGUAAUAGACAUGAGACACCGAGGAAAGUAAAAAGAGAGACGGCAAUAGACGUGUGCUAUAUAAACUUUAUUUAUUUCAUGUGUUUUUGCUCAUUAAAAGGAAUUUCCUGCUUCUGCAAGAAAACACAUUGGUUUUAUAAUGUGUUACAGUAAAAAUGGUUUUAGUUAUUUAAUGUGGACUCUACGGCUUAGAUUUUGGACCACGCAUUUCCUAUGCCACACAUUUUUUUUAAUAACAGAUGAUUGUUCAUUUAAUUCUCUAAAGAUGUGUUUCCAUAGUAAAAUAGAGCUGUGUAACCCUGUUUUAUUUUAAUAGUUUCUUUUAUUUCCUCAAAAUAAUUAUUAGAGAUGUUAUACAGGGAGGAA